AAGGCAUGAAGUACUCCCGUGCCAAAGUCACCUGCGUCGGCUACAAGGAAAUUCCCUUCAUCGGUGCAUCUUCGCUUAAGGAGAAUGGCAUUCGGUGAAACUCUGUGGAUGCUGACAUUAUAUGUGGCCAUUUUUAUCCAUUCUUUGCUGCUUGCAUGGGGAGUUUAUUGCCAUCUUACCAGGACUCACAUUCCUCCAGGAAUCACCCAUGGUGCAAAAUUACGAAUUAUCAGUAUGGCUUCGGGAUAUGUCUUCGGACUGGGACUGCUUCUGGAAAAACUUGGCAUUUGCCACAGGUAUAUGAUCUGGAGGAUCUUAGAUGUUUGGAUACCACCAAAACGCUACCAAGGGCUGGUAAUAAAGGACCUGGUUUUCGAUGGGGUUCCAGUCAGGGUGCACUGGCCCCAAACAUCAUCUGCUGAGAACAAGAGAGGAGUGAUGUAUUUUCAUGGAGGCAUUUCUCUCUUUGGAACAAUGCGAGCCCAUGAAAGAACAUGCUGCUACAUUGCCCACCAAAGUGAGUCAGUGGUUGUGAAUGUCAAUUUCCGGUUGGCUCCUGAGCAUCUGUAUCCAACUCCGGUUUUGGACUGUUGUACUGCUGCAACCCACUUUUUGAAGCAUGCAAAGGAAUACGGAGUGGACCCCAACCACAUUGCCAUUGGAGGGGACAGUUCCGGGGGCACGAUUGCUACAGCCGUCUGUCAACAACUAGUGGCAAGGAAGGAUCUCCCAAGAGUGCGAGCUCAGUUCCUGAUCUACCCUUUCGUACAAGCAGUGGACUUCAAUUUGCCUUCCCAUCAGCAAUACCAUUCCGUUCCUCCGUUGUUCAGGAAACGAACCGUCAAACACGGUUUCAUGUAUCUCACAGGGAAGAUGGUCAAUGUGGAUGGAAUCAUAAAGGGCGCCCAUGUCUCUGCAGAUAUAUGGCUGAAGCACCGAAAAUGGGUUAGUGCUGACAACAUCCCAGAAGAGUUUAAGGUUAGGGGCUACGUCCCAGCAGUACCUCCUCCAUUUUCACAAAAGCUUCAUGAAAUCUGCAAACGAGGUUUUGAGCCAAUGUUUUCCCCCCUCUUAGCGGAGGAUAACAUCAUCUGCCAGCUCCCUCAGACUUUAAUUUUAACCUGUGAGUAUGAUAUUAUCCGGGACGAUGGACUAUUAUACAAGAAACGUCUAGAGGACAGCGGUGUGCCAGUGACAUGGCAUCAUCUUCAGGAUGGGUUCCAUGGAAUAACUCUAUCUUUUGGCUUGGGACCACUUGAAUUUCCAGCUGCAAGGAAAUGUUUGCAGCAUGUAGCAGAUUUCUUAAAAGGUACAUAGAAAUAUUUUUAUUAUUAUUAAAUAUUUAUUUUAAAUUUUGCAAAACAUUCCAGAAUACACACACACACAAAAAGAAAAGAAACGGAAAAUUUCCAAACAAGAUACAGAGUCAAAAUGCAAAAUACAUCAACUUACAAAUAAAUAAACUAUCUCCCCCCUCCCUCCCCCUCCACAAGACCCGCCCUCCUUCUCUUCCUUCCUCACAGUCUCCCCCCAUCCAUUUGUACCUGUUAGACCAAUUAUUUUACUACAAUCGUAGCUUAAAUACAAUAAACAAUAAAAAAAUAUAUAUUCAAAUCUC